AUGUAUCCAGUGAGAGUGACUGCACUGAUCCUUUCUCUGUUGAUUCUUUUACAUUGUGUUUCCUCAGCUCCAAGCCACAGGUACUUGAGUCCAGGGUCCAGUGAGCAGGACUUGGGUCUGGGCUGGUCCAUGGCAGAACUCGCCUCUAACCCUUUUCUGGGUCUUUUGAGUCCAAGGCUGGAGAGAGAGCUGUCCCCUACAAACAGUCACCCCCUUCAGAAGAGGAAAUGUAACACCGCCACGUGCGUCACCCAGCGGCUCGCGGACUUCUUGGUGCGCUCCAGUAACACCAUCGGGACCGUUUAUGCUCCGACCAACGUGGGAGCGGCUGCGUACGGCAAAAGGAGCGCACUGACGCCCCCUGUCUUCAUGCCCCUCUAG